AUGAGAUACAUGCGCGAAAUAUUCUAUGCUCAGCCACUUCGUCGAUUUGUGCAGGGGUUCUGUUUGCACCAAAAGCACGUUGAGCUCUGGGUUGUCGAUCGAGCAGGUGCAUAUAGCUCGACAGAGAUUGAAGUGAUCAAAAGUCAGGAAGCGCUUGUCCGGGCGCUAUCUUCUUACAUGCUCAUGAGUGACGAUGAGCUUGGGCUAGAUCCAAUAAUUAGAUAUGAUGAAGAAGAUCGUUGUUUCGUCAAGAUUCCAAAGGGUAGAAAGAAACAAAGAACAAAUGAGAUCUCACCUCAGCCAGUACGUCGAUCGGAGGCGAUAAGCUCGCGAGGAAACACGUGCUUCAAGACGAGAGACAACAAGUAUUUGAUCAAGUUUUCUUGGGGCUCUGGUGCCAAACGAAGUGAGCACGAAUACCUGGAGCUUGCAAAAAAGCUACCGGGAGUCAUUCAUCUGAAGAGGUCAAAAAGUCUCUACGAGGUUGAGACCCACCGAAAGGGCAUAGAUUUUUCGACUGGAUAUAAGUGGGAAAUGAACUCAGAGGAAGCACAUCUCUCCCAUGGCAAAACAAUGGAUCCAAAGGUGGAAGAUUACUACAUGAAACGUGAACUUACCUUUGCCAAACUCUCACCAUUCGGACGCCCACUCAACUCAUGCUCAACGGUGAGGGAGUUUGGCGUGACAAAAGGGCUACUUAUUGAUCUGGACAUGUCAACUCUCCUCCAGGAUAGUCGGGACAAUGAUGAAGCGAAAGUCAUCACUGGUACCACAAAGUUAAUGGCUCUGGGACUCUUGGCAGGUAUCAAGAACAAGGAUUUUAGUGUUCAACAAACGUAUCGUCAUGAUCUUGAGUCCUUUUUUUACGUUCUACUGGUCGGAUGCAUGAGCUAUUUCGAGUGUCUUAAGGAUCUGGCACGUACGAUACGUAAAAUCCUAUUUGGACAGCCAACAUUGUCGGGAGAGAGGUUCAUGGAAUAUGGCACACCGGAAAACUCUGAUCUACUGUAUGAUCCUAUUAUAGCCGCCCUUAACGAUUCCAUUCUGAAACUUGAAGGCAAGAAAUAUUCUAGAUUCACGCCGAACGAGUGUCCACUAUUUAUCUAUAGUCGCUGA